AUGCUUCUACUAGGUUUGGGAAAGUCUUUCUCAAGUGGUCGAUUGGGAUCUCAGAGCGCUCCAAAGAUCCUAAAUGUGGGACGAACUCUGCUGAAUAGAAAUCUGUCGCUGAAGCCCGACCUUUCGAAAUUCAAGCUAAAUUCACCACCACCUGGUGGAGUAGUGGGUACUUCAAAUGAUGCCUUCAAGCCGCCUGAACCUGACUACUUCCACGGGUCCUAUCACUGGUAUUAUGAGCGCAUAACAGCCGCUUCUUUGAUUCCCUUGACUUCAAUACCAUUAUAUAUUACGCUGACCGGGGGAGUGGUACCCCCAUUAUUGGAUGCUGCUUUGGGUGUAGUAUUGCUACUACAUGUUAAUCAGGGCCUUACAAGUUGCAUAAUAGACUACAUUCCCAAGAGAAAAUUUGGCAUAUGGCAUGAUUUGGCACGUUAUUUGUUGUUUGGUGGUUCGGGCCUUGGACUUUACGGAAUAUAUGACCUUGAAACUAGUAAUAAUGGGAUUGUAGAUCUCUUGACUAAAAUUUUGAAAGAGGACGAAUCAAACUUGUACAUUUUUGGGCGCAAUUGA